AUAAAAGCAACGUUUUGUGGCAAAGCCAGUGUACAAAAAAAUAUAAGGGCUCCAUGUCCCAUGUGUAAAUUGAGAUAAUAGGAUCGUACUCAGCGCGAGACCUGUCUUCCGUUCAUCCGCCGUAACCGCAUUGCGGAUAAAACUCACACAACAAUGAUAUGAUUACGGAGUGUAGGCGUUAUUCCAUUUACAAUUCCGGAACCAAUUAUAAAAAGAGCGAGCCACGUUGAUUCAGCACCCUAACUUUUUACUUCAAUUGCUUUAAUACUCAAUUCCCAAUGGCCGCCGCAACUGCACCUGCACCUGCUCCUACCGAUCUUUACGGCAAGGUUCCCGCUCUACAACCCUCAACCUUUGAUACCGCGCAGUCGCCUGCUUCCAGCAAUUCUUCGGUCACCGAUAAAGAUAGCACAGGAAAGAAAAAGAAAGGCAUUCGUCAGGCUGUCGGUAUUAUCGUUAUUGAUCCUGCGACUAAGAAGGUGUUGAUGCUUUCCAGCCGUAAGCAGGAGGGUGCCCUUCGCUUACCACGAGGCCAAUGCAAUCGAGAUACGCAAGAACAACCUGAAGCUGCAGCUUUGCGUGUGCUUCAUGAAGAAGCUGGUGUCUCCACCAACGGCUUAAACUGUCGUGUAGGCACUUACACCGAAGCGAAUAAGAAGGGUAACAUCAUUGCUCACCAUUGGAUGUAUGAAGUGCAUGCUUCCACCCUUAUGGAUACGUGGCCGGCGUCAGAUCGCCAACGAUUCUGGGUCUCGUACAAAGACGCUCUGCUAGCGACGGCUGACCGACGCAUGGCCCAUUUGGCCUUGACCAAUUGCUCUCUUGCUCAUAACUAAGUCCUAGUAUUCGCUGUUCCCUUUAUGCAAUCCUUCUUCUCCUAUUUCCGAUGAUUAUCCUUGUCCAUAACUUUACUGACCGAUAUUAUAAACUGUUCUCAUAUUUUGACCUCC